AUGCCAGACUAUAGACUCCUGUCGCAUUCCAUAAGGGAGAAUAUGCCUACAUUCCACCCUGAUGAGUUUUUUGAUAAUAUCCAUACUAUAAUUCAUGAAGAAUCAGACACUGAUGAAGUUGAAAGUGUAGAACAUUUUAAAUAUAACCAAGAGUUGGAUAAGUCACUACUUUCGAGGAGCUCCGUUGUUGGGUUAGGGUUUGGUUUAAUGAGUCCCGUUUUAGGGAUGUCCACUAGUAUGGCUAUCGGAUUGAUUAAUGGUGGACCUGCUACGAUUCUUUGGGGGUUCAUAAUUUCAGGAAUCUGUAUUUGGUUCUGUUCUUUAUCUUUAGGUGAAGUAGUCUCCAAAUUUCCCAUGGAAUUACAUGUUAGUAGUGCGAUGUUGGCCCCUAAAGAUGCAAAAUUGAUAUGCUCUUGGUAUACUGGAUGGUUAAUGUUACUGGGUAAUUGGACAAUGAGUACUAGCAUCACAUUUGCUGGUGCGCAACUGACGAUAUCAUUGAUAUUGAUGGCCAAAUCUGACUUGAUUGCUGAGAAAUAUAUGAUUGGAUUUACUGUUAUUAUAUUUUAUUUGGUGGUGACCCUGGUCGGAUUAAUUAAUUUGAAGUUUGCCAGAUUUAUUGAAACAAUCAAUAAAGUAUGCGUCGUUUGGAUUAUUUAUGCAAUUUGUGUUAUUGAUAUCCUUUUAUUAAUAUUUCAUCAGGGCAAGUAUCGUUCGUUAAAAUUUGCAUUGUUUAACUUCGAUAAUAGUUUGUCAGGAUACUCUAAUUUUUUUGUUUCUUUCAUUAUUGGAUUCCAACAAUCAAAUUUUACCUUGCAAGGAUUUAGUAUGUUACCGGCUUUGGCAGACGAAGUAAAAGUUCCUGAAAAGGACAUUCCACGUGGUAUGUCCAAUGCUGUAUUAUUAUCAACAUUUUCAGGUAUUAUAUUUUUAAUCCCCAUAAUGAUUAUUCUUCCAGAUUCAGAUAAAUUGUUUUCCAACAAUCAAAUGUUGCCAAUUGUAAAUAUUUUUACUCAGUCAACACAUUCCAAGAUUGUAUCACUAUUCCUGGUUUUAUCCAUACUUGGUAAUCUAUUCUUUUCUGGAAUUGGAUCCAUUACUACAAGUUCAAGAGCAGUUUACAGUUUUAGCAGAGACCAUGCUAUACCGCAUCAUGAGCUUUGGACAUUUGUUAAACCAGAAUCACAAUCUAAAGUUCCAAAAAAUUCCAUCUUAUUAAGUAUGGCAAUUUCGUAUUUCCUAGGAAUAUUGGCGUUAUUUUCCACAGCUGCAUUUAAUGCUUUUAUUGGGGCUGCAGUCUUAUGCCUAUGUUCCGCCACAUGUAUCCCGUUGGUACUAGUGUUAUUUAGAAGGAGGAGGAUUAUACGGAGUGCCCCAGUUAAGAUCAGGUAUAAAUUGGGUUGGGCUGUGAAUAUAAUAUCUAUUGUCUGGUUGAUAUUGUCAAUGAUUUCUGUUUGUUUCCCACCCAAGAUCCCGGUAACUUGGGGUACUAUGAAUUAUGCAUUGAUUGUCUACGUUAUAUUUUUAAUUGCCAUCACAAUAAUGUACUUAAAGUGGGGGAAAUAUAAUUUCAAGCUACCUUUGAUUGAUGAAGAUAAGAUGGUGCCAAUAGGAGCACAUGAUAAGAUACCAAUGAAAAAAUACACUAAAGUUGAACAAGAGGAGCCUGUAGCUGAUGAUACUUCUGUUGUUAUGUAUGAUAUUGAAGCUGAAAAUCCAUUUGAACCAUCAGCCACCAAUGUAUUAUCAGAUGAUGCUGAAGUAUGGGAUGGUCCAUCAGAGAACACUGAAGGUCGUGCUGAAGAAACAUCAAAGGACAAUAAUGAAACGAGUAAAUAA